AUGAGUUCUGUGACGGAGACUGGUAUCGCAAUUGAGAACUCGUCCACGUGGACUAUCGGUCUCAUGUCGAGCUCGCCGGCUCAGUCACUCCCAGAGGACGUUCUCUAUGAGAUCUUCAACACCAUGGCUGCAGUUGAUCCUCCCCGCUAUGCCGGCCCUCCGGAUCUUCCUGGACGCAUGCCUGUCCGCUCAUCGCAAUCCGACUUGAACUUGGAUCUUUACCCACUGUGGACGGGUAUACGUGGGCCCUACUGGCACGCAGAGUUAGAAGCCAUCAAGCGCCGCAACAUGUUCUCUGAACAAGGAACGUUGGGAUUCAUCGUUCUGACGCAUGUGUGCCGCAGCUGGAGGCGAGCGGGGAUCGACCUUGCGCCUUUAUGGGGGGAGAUAGUCCACAUCUUUCCUAGCGCGUUGGAGACGAUUCUUGCCCGCGCGCGCGGCGCUCCUCUUGCACUCGACUUCGGCGCACUCAGACGGCUACCUGUAUUGGAUCAGGUUGCGCUGCACGACCGGUACUACAUGCUCUUGACGAAGAACGUAGUCCGUAUACGUUCUCUCGUUGCGUCGAACCCGUUCCGGUCCUUCAGGGACUGGUAUGGGUUGCUACUGGACCAAGAGCUGCCGGUGCUUGAGGACUUGACGCUGAAGGGUGCGAAACGGAUUCCCGAAGAUGUUGCAUCGCCGAUCCGCCCGCUCAUCGCACCGUCGUUGUUGCGACUGGUCCUUGACCAGACCGCAUACCUACCUUUCUCCGCGCCAGCAUUGCGCACACUCCUCAUCCAAGGCGCUACGCAGCCCGUACCUGCGUCGACCCUACUUGCUGCCCUAUCCGCGACACCCCAGCUCGAGAAAUUGGAAUUGAUGUUUUCGUUGGACGACGAGCCGGCUCCUGAGUAUACUCCAUCGGUCCAUCUUCCUAAUCUCGCAAUCGCACGUUUAUGCGACUCGCCCGAGGCCCUUUCAAUCUGGCGUCAUAUAGUUGCGCCACCGAACGCCGAGUUGAGGUUACACGCCUUCCGGCAGACCAUCCUCGUAGGACCGGUGACAGACUCGCUCGGGCAAGUAUUUAGUGCCAUCCGCCCUCACACGAGCGACGCGGCCAUCGACGCAUUCAGCCUCACCUACGACGGCCCGUACCGUACUUUCGUAGUCGCGCUCGGCUUGUGCUCCUCUGCCUCAGAUCCGACAGCAAGUCCGCCGACAAAUCGCGUGACGAUGCGGCUUCUCUUUCGAGAUAUCAUCAUGGAGUUUGGCACCAUCCCUACCUUCCUUUCCCGUUUGGCGCGCGAGAUGGUACCCGCGAACAUCAAACUAUUCCACGUCUCCCCGUGUCCUCCUCCGGAAGACUUCCUUGACAUGGAUCUCUUCGACAUUGGGAACUUGCAACCAGUGCUACAGGCAUUCGCCGGUCUGUACACUAUCUCGGUUGGUCAAGAAGCCCAUCAAAACCCGUUCCUCAACGCGCUAGGACGGCGGGAUAACUCUGGUUCAGUGGUCGCACAGUCUCUGAAAACGAUCGUCUUCGCCACAAUUGAUGAAGAUACGGACCCCGUGGGCAAAGGCCGCGUGGCGACGUCGGCGAAGCGUUGGUCUGAUCUCGCCAGCGUACUCUCGGCUCGGGCGGAUGCGGGCCAUAAGCUACCUCGCCUCGUGUUGAAAGGGGUGAAGAGCUUCAGCGAGCGCAUACAAGCAGACGGCCUCCCUGGAUCGGACUUAGUGCGGGCGCAGGUUGAAGAGUUUGCAGACAAAAGGACGUGGGCAGGCGUCGCCACAGCAUGA